AUGGAUUAUCCACAAAACCCCAUUGAUCCCUACCUCUCUCUACCUCAAAACUCCAUCGAAGCUUUAGAUUUGCUCAAAGCUUCAGACUCAGACCAUCUAAGCUUCAGACCUCCAUUGAAGCUUCAGACCAUCGUUCGCUGCUUUAGACCAUCGUUUGCUGGUUCAGGUAUUCUCAUUUCACCUAAACCCCUCCCCUUAACUAAGUUUCUUAUCGAUAUGCGAAGAUUUGAUCACUCCACUCAAUACCCAUUUCGCCUCUCACUCCAAAUCCUCCGCCAUGGAACCACCACAACCACCACCACCAAAAUCCUACUGGCGAUUCAGCAAACAAGACUUUUUCCCAGCACCCUCCUUCCAAAACCUCUCCACAACGAUGCUGGCCCAACUAUAGUUCUUUCUUAUGCCACUUCAGGCCUCUCUGCGUUGCUAUCAGUGUUCUGUUACACUGAAUUUGCUGUGGAAAUACCUGAAUCUGAUGCGGAUUUCCUUAGAAUUCGAGUGAACUCCUUGGCUGAAGGGUUUAAUUUAUUGGACCCAAUUGUGGUUGUGGUUUUAGCGAUUGAUAACACUAUAGCUAUGAGUGGGACACACAGGACAUCUUGCUUGAAUUGGGUUGCAUCUAUUUUCAGUGCUGGGGCUCCUGACUGUGAAACCCUGUUUCAGAAUCUACUAGACCAUGUAAAUGCUAAUGGAGAGCAGAUGCCUAUAGCUUCCUCAAGCAUGAUUCGUUCCCAUAGUGUAUCUGGUGACUUGCAUGGUGUUCAACUUGAUCCUGUAGCAGCUGAUAUUCUUAGGAAAGAGCUAGAGCAUGAAACUUUUGUACAACUCAAAAUUUCCCCAACUAGUAUUCUCCAUCUUCUUGCCUUGAGUAUGCAAAGUAAUUAUCUAAGGAUUGCAUCUUAUCAAAAAUGUUCAAUCUGCAUUCUGCAGAUCAAGCAUGUGUAUCAGGAUGCCAAUAGCAUUGCAGAAUUUCUAGCUUCUUAUGUAGUCCUUUAUGGUAGAAACUCUGAUUUUUCUGAAAAUGGGAAGCUGCCCACUACUGGAAGAGUACUUCUUCAGCAGGACCAAGGCAUGAUGCCUUCUAUAAGAUUGAAGAAGAUGAGUGUGCUGCUUGGGGUGCUGGGCA